CAAAGGAGUAGUGAGCUUCUGACGUUGGGAAUUUUGCAAGUCAUUGUCGGCCCUUCAUAACACGAAGAACAGAAACAGUUGUUCACAUAACUAUGCCGUCUGGAUAUAGUGGACGGAGACAUAAAGCCAGUGCAUAACUUUUAAGUAAAUAGCUACUUUUCUGUCAAUUCGUUCGCUGAGAUGCGUGAGAAGCCCCCAAUGGCUCCGUAUUCUCGGAUUCUGAUUUGCUGGCGUGUCUGUCCGUCACUGUGGUGCCACUUGUUGCUAUCGCUGGGGUUGCGGGGCAUCAAACAAUAUCGGAAGUCUGCCGGCCCAGCGCUUCCUGGUUUGGCAAGUGGCGGAUUGUGGACAAAUUAAGGACUGGAGUAAAUUACCUGAGAAGAAAACAACCGCUCAAGCUGGGACUGCAGACUAUUUUAGUUUUUUUUUCUGUGCAAGAGGAGAACAAAGGAUUCGCUAUGCAUGCUUCUGUUCUGAGACGCAUUUAAAAUAACCUCAGACAAACUCCGACCUUUUCCCCAUAUACUUUUUAUACUUUUUCCCUUUUUUCAUUUUUGAGAAAAAUAGUUUUUAUUUUUUGAUUUUCUUAUUUUGACCCUCCUUUUCCCCCCCCCGCCCCGUUUUCCCCCCUUUAUUUUUUGGUCCUUUUUUUUGUAAAGAAAUGCUUUACCUGAAAAAGUACUUCACAGAGGGCCUGAUUCAGUUCACCAUCCUGCUGAGUCUGAUCGGGGUGCGGGUGGAUGUGGACACCUACCUGAGCUCCCAGCUGCCCCCGCUGCGCGAGAUAAUCCUGGGCCCCAGCUCGGCCUACACGCAGACGCAGUUCCACAACCUCCGCAACACGCUGGACGGCUAUGGCAUCCACCCCAAGAGCGUGGACCUGGACUACUUCUUCGCCUCGCGGCGGCUGCUGAGCGAGGUGCGCUCCCUGGACCGCCUGCGCGUGCCCAGCCCGCAGCUGGACGCCUGGCUGGUGCACCGGGACGCCGAGGCGGUGGUGUCGGCCGGGGGCCAGAGCGGGCCCGGCAUCGCCCUGGAGAAUGGGGGCGUCCUGGAGGACGUGGGGAACCCCGACGGCUCGGCCAUGAGGGGCGGCGGCGGGGGCGGGGGGAGCGGCGGGGGUGGGGGGGGCGACGGGGAGGUGCACCCGCCCGGGUACAGCCCAGCCGGCGAGGACAGCCUGGGGGCGGGGGCCCCGCGGGACGAGGAGCGGGAGGAGCAGGGCGGCGGCGCCAACCACAGCCACAACCUGACCAAAGAGGACAUCGAUCUGAUUGACAUCCUGUGGCGUCAGGACAUCGACCUGGGGGCGGGGCGGGAGGUGUUCGAUUACAGCAGCCGGCAGAAGGAGAGCGAGGCUGACAAACGCCCCCCUGACGAAAAGGAGGGGGAGGGGGAGGAGGAGGAGGUCGAGAGGGAGGAGAGCUGGAGGAACGGCCUCAACCUCCGAGGGGCCCAGGUGGACGGAGAGACCGGCGAGAACAUACCUGAACAGCUGGCCUGUCUGGGAGCCCAGACCUCAGUGUCGCUUCAGGAGUGCUUACGGCUUCUAGAGGCUACCUUCCCCUUCGGAGAGGAGCCCGAGUUCCCUGGUACGGUGACCCCACAGUUGGGUGGAUCUGGUGAAGAAGGCCCCUCCACCUCCCAGGGGUUUGUCCGACCUCAGAGUGAGCCCCCUCUGGACCUGGAGCAGCAGUGGCAGGACAUCAUGGCCGUCAUGGAGCUGCAGGACAUGGAGGUGAACAGCGACGCCGACAGCUCCUUCCUGGAGAGCAGCUCUGACGGUGGGUCUGGCAGCGACCACAGUGGCGUGGAGGCGGGUCCCCUGGUGAACUUCAGCCUCUCCGACGCCAGCACGCCCAUCAACCAGAACGUGAGCCUCCACCAGGCGUCCAUGCCCAGCUGCAGCCAGGACCUCCGCCCCUUCUUCGGCCCCGAUUUGGGGAGCUGCGUCUCCAUGGAGACCCCCGGCGCCGACCCGCCGGCCCUGCUGAGCCUCUCCUCCAGCAACUCCUCCAACUUCAACUCCUCGUUCGGGACCACCAACCUGACGGGCCUGUUCCUCCCGCCGCCGCUGAACGGGACGGGGAACGGCACGGUGCUGCCGCCCCUGCCCGACCCCCUCAGCGUCCUGCUGGAGGAGGCCAUGCUGGACGAGAUCAGCCUGCUGGACCUGGCCCUGGAGGAGGGCUUCAGCCACACCCAGGCGUCCCGGCUGGGCGAGGAGCUGGACUCGGACUCGGGCCUCUCCCUGGACUCGAGCCGCAGCCCCGUCUCCCCCAGCAGCUCGGAGACCUCCUGCUCCUCCGGGUCCUCCUCCUGCACCUCCUCCGCCUCCUUCUCGGAGGAAGGGGCCAUGGGCUACAGCAGCGACUCCGAGGCCGCGGCGGAGUCGGAGGAGGGGGCCGUGGGGGGCUACCAGCCGGAGCACGCCAAGUUCUGCCGCAUGAGCUACCGGGACCCCUCCCGGUUCCACGGCCUGCCGCAGCUGGAGCACAUCGGGCACAACCACACCUACAACCUGCCCCUGUCCCCCUCGGCCGCCGCGGCGGAGGAGGAGCCCCGGCCCGCCCGGGGCAAGAGGCCGGGCCGCGACUCCAAGCUCCAGCCGCAGGACGUCCUGGACAAGCAGGCCAGCCGGGACGAGCGUCGCGCGCGCGCCAUGAAGAUCCCCUUCUCCAACGAGCGCAUCGUCAACCUGCCCGUGGAGGAGUUCAACGAGCUGCUGGCCAAGCACCGGCUCAGCGAGGCGCAGCUGGCGCUGGUCCGCGACAUCCGCCGGCGCGGCAAGAACAAGAUGGCGGCGCAGAACUGCCGCAAGCGCAAGCUGGACACCAUCCUGGGGCUGGAGCAGGGCGUGGACGCGCUGCGGCGGGACAAGGCGCGGCUGCUGCGGGAGAAGGUGGAGUUCCUGCGCUCCGUGCGCCAGAUGAAGCAGAAGGUGCAGGGCCUGUACCGCCACGUCUUCGCCCAGCUGCGGGACGAGGCGGGGCGGCCGUACGCGGCCGGCGAGCACGCGCUGCAGUUCGGCAGCGACGGCAGCGUGCUGGUGGUGCCGCGGCACCUGGCCGCCGAGCCGGGCCGCAAGCCGGAGAAGAAGCCCAAGGACAAGAAGAAGUGAGGGGGGGGGGGGGAGGGAAGGAGGCUUAUUUUCCUUUUGUUUGCAAAAAAAGAAAAAAAAAAAAGAAAAAGAAAAAAGAUGUUUUACCUGAACGAGAGAGCAAAAAGUGUGUUUAUUUUCUUUGACAAGACUUGGUUGGGGAGGAAAAAAAAAAACUGAAGGCCGAUCGAACUGAACUCAACUUUUUUCUUUUUUUUUUUUUUCCUGGUUUAGUAUCUUUUCUUCCUUUUUUUUUUUUUAUCAGACGUUUUUCGUUUUUUCUUUACAGGAAACAACUUGCGAAGCACAAAUGCGUUGCUUGAGUAGAAACAUUUUUUUUUGUCGUUGUAUUUUUUUGAAGAAAAAGGCUGAACUUGAGAAAACGAAAGGAGGGGGAAAAAAAACAAAUCCAUUGAAAUAAAAUGAAAGGAAAUGAUAGUUUGAAGAUCUCUGUGGGACACGUCAGCAGGACCGUGAGGAGCCGGAGGAACACGGUCACCGUGUCGCGUGGUCCAGAGAAAAGACUGGUGCACCAAGCG